UUGUCCUUGGGGGCAGACUGUUUAAUAGAGAAGAAAGAAAGAAGAAAAGACGGCAUAUCUCUGAAGGCCCGGGAGACAAACCGUUAUCUGAGCAUCAGUAAACCUGAAGACGUCACUAUGCCAUCCUGAAAUUUUCCAACAGAGCAUGGCUCCAAAGGGUCUAUGAAGCUGGAAGAGUACCUAGACGCAGCAUUGCAGCCCCUCCAGAUGUGUGCGGAGAGUCUUCUGGAGAGAAGGUGAUCCUCUUGCAGAAGGUAACUAGUCAUAAUGAAGAAAAUCAGUCUUAAAACCUUCCGAAAAUCUUUCAACUUGAAUAAAAGUAAAGAAGAAACGGAUUUCAUGGUCGUACAGCAACCGUCGCUAGGCAGUGAUUUUGGAAAAGAUGAUUCCUGGUUUGGUAACUGCUACGGGAAGGAUAAGGCCAGCUGUGGUAUCACUAAUGAAGACGAGAAAGGUGGGAAGGGCAGAUCGAAAAGCAAAAGCCUAAUGGGUACGUUAAAACGACGGCUGUCUGCGAAACAGAGGCAGAAAGGCAAGGGCAGCACACGGUCCGGGAGCUCUGCCGACGAGGACACCUUCUCCUCCUCCUCGGCACCCCUGGUCUUCAAGGACGUGCGAGCGCAGAGGCGCAUCAGGUCCACGUCGCUCCGCAGCCACCACUACAGUCCCUCGCCAGGGCCUCUGCGGCCCACAAACGCUGAGGACACGUGCAUCAAAAUGGAAGUGAGAGUCAAAGCCUUGGUUCACUCUUCCAGUCCGAGCCCAGCCCUGAAUGGUCGGAAGGAUUUUCACGACCUUCAGGCUGACAGCGUGUGCCAGGAACACAGCAACUCGCUGAAGAAUUCGGAAUCUCAGAAUGGAGACUUGCAUCUUCACCUGGACGAACAUGUGCCUGUAGUUAUCGGACUUAUGGCCCAGGCCUACACUCAGUACACCGUGCCUUUAGAUGAGGGGAUGCACCCUUCGGAAGGACCGCGUACCUAUAGUCUGGACGCUUCUUCUCCCACGGAAGUGUCUGCGGUCCCUCUGCAAGUGGGAGGCAGCUCCUUUGCCGAAGACGAGAAUCAGGUAGAGCAGGACCUCGUGGUGGCCCCGGAGAUCUUUGUGGAUCAGGCGGUGAACGGCUUGAUGAUUGGCACCACAGGAGUCAAGUGGCAGAGCCCCAGAGCAAGUCAUAACGACGCCCCCCCCCGCCCCGCACUCUCACCGUUGUGCUUGGUCUCUCCAAUGCAGACCAGUCAAAUCCAAAGGAACUUCAUUGGGCUCACCGGCACAGAUGCCCACGUGGCUGAAAGUAUGCCCUGUCAUUUGAAUUUUGACCCUAAUUCUGCCCCUGGGGUCGCUAGAGUGUAUGACUCCAUGCAGAGCAGUGGUCCCAUGGUCGUGACAAGCCUUACAGGGGAGCUGAAAAAACUCGCGAAACAAGGAUGGUACUGGGGACCCAUCAGACGCUGGGAGGCAGAAGGGAAACUAGCAAACGUGCCGCAUGACUCUUUUCCUUUUCGGGAUAGUUCUGACGUCCGUCACCUUUUAAGAGUGAGCUUUCGCUCCCAUGGCAAAACACUUCACACGAGAAUUGAACACUCAAAUGGUAGGUUUAGAUUUUAUUAACAACCAGAUGUGGAAAGGCGUACGUCUAUAGUUGAUCUUUUUUUUUAA